AUGCGAGCCUACGAUAUUGAAAUCACCGGCAACUUUUUUGCUCUCCCAGCGUUCCAAAAGCGCUUUGGAGAACCCUACAAGGCGGGCUUCCAAGUUCCCGCUCAAUGGCAAGUGGGAAUGGGAAUGGGAGCGAUCGUAGGCCAAGUUGUUGGCGCCUGGGCUUGCGCUAUUCCCAUGGACCGCUUUGGACGCAAAAAGACCUUAUCGAUGUAUCUCCUCAUCACUUCUGGACUCGUUUUCAUGCAAGUAUUCGCGCCGAACCGAACAAUCUUGACGGCUUCCAUGUACUUGCAAGGUAUCAUAUGGGGCGGAUAUCAUGUCAUGGCACCCGCCUACGCGAGUGAGGUCUUGCCUCUACGCCUGCGAUAUUUCAUGACGGGCACUGCAAAUUUGUCAUAUGUGAUUGGCCAGCUCUUGCAGACGGGCAUCACUCGCGCCUUUGUCAAUUGGGACAGUGACUGGGCCUGGCGCACCCCUUACAUGAUCCAGUGGGCAUGGCCUGCGAUUCUGCUCUUCGGACUCAUCUGGUGUCCCGAGAGUCCCUGGUGGCUCAUUCGCAAGGGUCGACUCGACGACGCCAAAAAGGCACUGGACGGUCUCACGAGUCCAGACAUGUGGAAAGACAACGAGAAUACCAUCGCCAUGAUGGUCCAGACCGAUCUCUACGAACAAGAAUUAGAAACCGGAGCCACCUACUGGGAUUGCUUCUCCGCACACAAUGGAAAUCGACGACGUCUCGAAAUCUGCUCCAUGCUCUUCAUCAUCCAAAACUUCUCUGGGAACCCCGUCGGUUUCGCCACCUACCUCUUCGAACAAGUGGGUCUGUCGCCCGAAAACGCUUUCAACAUGUCCAUCGGUCUCAUGAGCAUGAACCUGAUCGGAUCCCUCCUCUGCGUCUUCCCCCUGACCUGGUUCGGCCGACGAACCUGUUGGAUUUUCAGCCUCUGCUACGCGCAGGUCAUCCUCUGGAUCGUAGCUCCCUUGUGUUUCACACCCGACUACAAAACCAAUGCAUCCUAUGCGUGGGCACAAUCGGGACUCCUCAUUUCGAUGCAGCUGACGUAUGCGUUGACCAUUGGUCCCCUGGGCUUCAUCAUCUCGUCGGAUUUGCCUUCGACGAAACUUCGAGCCAAGACUUUGUCUCUGACGGCGACGUUUCAGGGAAUGACAUAUCUCGUGCAGACGAUCUUGGGACCCUAUCUCCUGAAUCCGGGAGCGAUUAAUGCGGGAGCGAAGAUGGAAUUUUUGUUUGCUGGAAUUUCGGUCUUUUCGCUCAUUUGGAGUUAUUUUCGGUUGCCUGAGACCAAAGACCGUGGAUACGAAGAGCUGGACUACCUUUUCUCACACAACGUCCCCACGAAGCAAUUCAAGAAAUACAUAGUGCCCAUUGAAGGUGCUAAUAGGGAAGAUUCAGCCACAACUCAUCAGGAGGCUGCAUAG